GCGGCAGCCGCGCAGGAGCCUGCGCACUGUGGCCGGAGCGCCAGUACUAGCUUACGACUCGACCGUUCGGAAGAUGGCGGAGCGCGCCUCCUCCGAUGGCUGCACAUCCCUAAGGGGGAUGCGGGAACGCAUGGUUGCUGCCGCUCGUGCCAUUGCUCAAGAGAGACGCAAUCAGAAUGAGUUGAGCAUGCCCUCAUCCCAAUCCUCAAAUGCGAGAUCAGCGUUUAAACCAGUAAUAGAUGGAUCUGUGCUUAAAAAUGACAUAAGACAAAAAUUAGCGAAGGAGCGCAGAGAAGAAAAAAGAAGACAGCAAGAUGCUACUAAAGAACUACAACUACUUGAAAAAGAAAGAAAGUCCAAGAUCCAGUAUGAAAAACAGAUGGAAGAAAAACAACGAAAGCUGCGAGAACAAAAACAGAAAGAUGAACAGCGAAGAAUAUCUGCAGAAGAAAAAAGAAAGCAAAAACUACAGGAAGAAAGGGAGAAAUUCAAAGCUGUUGUCUCUCGUACAUUGGAGCGCAGCAACCGUAUUGAACAACGUCAAAAAAGAUGGUCAUGGGAAGGCUCUACGACACUGAACUCUGAAAGUAAAAUGGUCAAUAAACGCUUUGUAUCUACUGAAAAACUCGAACAGGAGACUUGUGGAUCACACAAACAAAAAACUGUGUCAUCUUCCAGUCUUCAGAAUUCUAUUGCCAAGAAAGAAGCCAGAAAGAAAGGAUGUUUACCUUUGAAUAGAAGAUAUAGCAAACUACAUUCACCUACAGAAGCUGAACAAGUAGAAGGAAAAUCAGUUCAGCAACUGUACACUGAUAUUUGGGAGAAUGAUUUAAUCAUGCGCCUGAUCACCCCAACAAAAGCAUCAAUAGCAAGGAGCAAAAGUGCUGCUUCAUUGUCAGUCUCUGGAAAGGAUACUCCAGGUGUCCACAACCCUGUAAUGCGGUAUACACACAUGCCCUUGCUUAGCCUUAGCAGUGACGAAUUGAAGAAUACCGCAGUGCUUUGCAAGUCAACAGCAGCAAUACCUCCACAGGAGAAAGAAGAAACACCUCUCAAGGUGAACCGCGAAGCAUCCCCUGAGGCAAGUAUGGAAGCAGCCCCAAAGGGGAUCUUGGAAGUGUCUCCGGAGACAAGUGUGGAAGUGGCCCCUGAGGCAAGUGUGGAAGUGCCAUUCAGGGCAAGUAUGGAAGCAACCCCCAAGGGGAGUGUGGAAGCAUUCCCAGAAGUGAGUGUGGAUACACUCUCUGAGAGUGUAGAAACAUCACCUGUUGGGAGCGAGGAUGUGUCCCUUGUGAGCGUCGAUCCAUCCCCUGAAGUGAGCAUGGAUUCGUCCUCUGAGGUGAGCUUCGACUCGUCUCCGGAGGUAAGCAUGGAACCGUUACCUGAGGCAAGCAUGGACGUGUUUCACAAGGCUAGCAUGGACACGAUUCCUGAGGAAAGCUUAGAAACAAUCCUGGAGGAGAUCAUAGAAGUGCCCGCCAAGGAAAGUGUGGAAGUAACCCCUGAGUCACGCCCUGAGGUGAGCGUGGAAUCAUCUUCCAAAGUGACAGUGAGAGACACUCCACAGAAAUCAAACUCCAACAGGAAGAGCGCAUUGACACAGGCGCCAUUUUCUAGAUGGCCAUCUUCUGCAAGCGAAUGGUGUUCGCCCUAUCCCUUCAGUGCUAAUAGACAAAUCCAAAAGAAUCAGCCACCAUCAUUUUCACCAGUCGUGUCAAAGCAAUCAGCACAACCUGCUCUUUCCUGUAAAGCCAUUCCUGUUCAGCAUGACAUACAUGCACCAAAGGUAUUAGGUACCAUCAGAAGGAAAAAAGAAGCAGUGUCUAAGACCACUGACAGCUCUGAGGCUGUGAGCCAAAAGCACAUGACCUAUGAAGAGUCUGAUAACAAAAGUACACAAGGGAUUCUGAGUGCUGAGGAGGCAACACACAUUUUGACAGCAAACCGAAAUCUUGCUCGUGAACAGAGAGAAAAAGAAGAAAAACUACAAAAAGAAGUGGAACAAAGGAAAAAGAUAGAUGUGGCAAAGAAAGAAGUUGAAGGCCAAGAAGUGUUCUCAAAAUUUGGCAGUGGGCAACGACAAAAGAAAAUAAAAAAGAAGAAGGGAUGUCAGGAUCAAGAAAAGCAGAAAGUGCUGUUACAGAAAGAGGACACCAAAGCAAAAGUUCAGGAGGAGGCCGACAAACGCAAGAAGGAGCAGGAAAAAAUUAUGUUACGGAAUUUACAAGAAAGAUUAGAAAGAAAGAAGAGAAUUGAGGAAAUUAUAAAGCGGACGAGAAAGACAAAUUCCAAUGCCUCAAAGGUUGCACAAACAUCCCGCAGUGACAUGUACGAGGAGCAUGAGGCGGAUGAUGAGGAUGAGUCCGAAAGUGAUGAUGUGGAUUAUUUUGAUGACUUCCAUCCACCAGCCUGUGUAAGUGGCCUGAGUUUGGCCACAAAACUCAAGGCAAAUUUUAGAAAUGUGAAGAACACACCCAGGCUGCUGUUUUUAGACAUCAAUUCUGACAAAGUCCAUCCGAACAUAAAAACAUCUUUAAAAAGUGACACGAAAACCUUCAGACAGAAGGUGAAACGCCCUUUGGCUAAGGCCAAGGCCAAGGGUAUCAGGCUAUCCACCAAAAGAAUGACCAACCAAGUAACAAAAACUGGAAAGGCUGGGGGAACCAGCAAAACUGUGGAACCACCCAGAAAUUUACAUUCAAUGUCACAGGAAUGUAGACGCGAUGAAAUACUCGAUAUUACCAGCGAGACCGAGCCACUUGUGUCUGAUACCCUUCCUGAUAGUCAAAAGCACCAUCUGAAAGGUUCCACAACAUCCCAGCAAAGUCCCCAGAUACCUCUGGAUGACAAAAACGGAAACAAAUCUGAUUCUGCUUCAUCAGAUAUGUAAACCUCGUGCAAGCCUGGGAGAGAAUUUAUCCUCCACUCUGGGGUUCAACUUCCAGGCCCGUCACCCAAAAUUCCUCCGCUUCUGCCUUGAACCAGGCAAAGAAAAUAACCAUCCCAAAUAAGGAAAUAAGGAAAACACCAAAAGGUCAUUUUAGCAGAUCUC